AUGAACUUCAUCAAAAUGUCCUAUUCUCUUUUUGAGUGUCUUCACUCUUAUUCGAUUUCAAGUCCAAAGCAACUCAGAUAUUUAGCAAAAAGAAGCUACAAGGGCGACUUGAAUCUCAUUGUCAAAAAGAUCAAGAAACAACUGAGAGACGAGUUCUCCUAUGACAUCUUCAAGAGUCUCAUUCUUUUCCACUACCUUUGCAGAAACGGUAGUCCACAAAUCUUUAACGAAGUCGAGCAAAUAUCGUAUUACAACAAGAACGCCCCAACUAAAGUAUUCCAACCCGACAAUUCAAAAUUUUCAUAUUGGGCCGAGAGCUAUUCCACCGUCUUACAACAGAGUUUGACGUUCCAUAGAAAGUAUCAGAUAUUCACUGGACGAUAUAAAAUCCCACGUGGUGAAACACUUCCGGAAAACUUCCAAAAUGUCGACAUCAUUGCUCAGAUGGAGACCGAGUUGUUUACUAUGUUCAAAGCAUACACCGACUAUAUCGGUGCUUUCUUCGAGAAGCAGACAAACAACAAAAUCCUUCAACAAUCCAUCGAAUUGGCCGUGCAAGAAGUAAUGGAUUUGUACUCGACUUUAAACGAUAUUGCAAACUACAAAGCAAUGUUAUUGCAACGGAGAAUCGACACGUCCAAUUUGCAUUUCUGUAAACAAGAAAUUGAACACAUUAAGAAGACGCUUGAGACGCCGUUACUCAGUAUCCCAAAAAUCAAAGACAUUCCCCCUAUCAACCACAUCAAGUUGGGUACUUCAGAAUCCAAAAUAUUCAUGAUGUCCUACCCACUCCCUCUUUCACUCCAAAAUGAGGUGACAUCUCCUUUGCCAACCAAGCACAAGAAGCACCACGGAUCACAUAAAGAAAAGCGCCCCCGAUCAAAAGGAACUCCUUUGAUCAAUUUAGACUGUGCCAUCCUCUUAGACUGA